AUGCCUUCAAGCCCGCUUUUGAUCUUCGCUCUAUCCGUUCUGCUGCUACUCUACAUCGCAUCUCAACGCCUCACCAGUCCUAUUGCAGGAAUCCCCGGACCAGUCUUAGCAUCCCUGUCACGCGUAUGGAUGGCAUACCAUUCUUAUCGAGGGAGAAUGCACAUCGUCAUGCGCGAACUCCACAGCCGAUAUGGAAGCCUAGUCCGUACCGCACCAAAUGAAAUCAGCGUUGCGGACAUUAGCGCAAUCAAGGAGAUAUACGGACCCGGCUCAAAGUUCCGCAAAGGCCCAUGGUACAGCGUCUGGAAGGGAACUCAAAAAGUCGAUUUAUUCGCCGAGCGCGAUAUCGGGGUCCACGCUGCUCUGCGACGCAAUGUUUCGCGAAUGUACUCCAUGAGCAGUGUUACCUCCCUGGAACCAUGGGUUGACAAUGCUAUCAGCUGCUUCAUGGACCAGAUGCGGGACCGCGUAAAUCAGCCCAUCGACUUCGGCAUGUGGCUCCAGCUGCUUGCCUUUGAUGUGAUCGGGGAGAUCUCAUUUUCUCGGCGCCUUGGAUUCCUCGAGGCAGGUCAAGACGAUGGAACGUUGAAUCGCAUUGAACGCGCUCUUCGCUCCCUGUGUUGGGUCGGUCAGGUCCCCUGGGUGUACUGGUUGGAGCAUUAUCUAUCUCCCAUCUUUGGAUAUCAUCUCGAUGUCAAACUACGGCAUGGCAAGAUCCGUAACACCGCAGCGAAGGAGGUUUCAGCGCGCAAGACCCGGCAAACUGAGCAUCAGGAUAUCCUAGGCCAUCUGUUCCAAGUCCAGCAGGCGAGGCCGGAUCAAGUCGACGAAAACGCAGUGACCUCGAUUGCGACGGCGAAUAUCUUUGCUGGCUCGGACACAACCGCGAUAUCUCUCCGAGCUGUGUUUUAUUUCCUGCUCAAGAACCCACGGUGUCUGAAUAAGCUGAGAGACGAUAUUCAAACGAGACACGCGGACGGGAGAUUGUCCUUCCCUGUGCGGUUCUCCCAGGCCAGUGAUAUGCCCUAUCUCCAAGCUUGUAUCAAUGAAGCUCUUCGUCUUCACCCGGCCGUCGGGAUGAGCUUACCCCGGGUGGUGCCCCCGGGAGGUAUGACAAUUGGAUCGCAAUUCAUCCCGGAAGGGACAAUCGUUGGCGCCAACGCGUGGGUGAUCCAUCGCGAUCCGGCCGUCUGGGGUGCAGACGUUGAAACGUAUCGACCAGAGAGAUGGAUCGAAGGAAACCGGGGCGAGAUGGAACGAUGCUUCCUUGCAUUUGGUGGUGGCGCUCGCUCUUGUAUCGGAAAGAACAUAAGUAUUCUAGAGAUGAGCAAACUGAUACCAGCAAUACUCCACACUUUUCAAAUCGAGCUUGAAGAGCCGGAUAGGCCGUUGGAGGAGAAGUGCUACUGGUUUGUCAAGCAGGAGGGAUUCGUUGUGCGGAUGAGUCUGCGAAGGGUGGAAGCGUAG